GACGCGCGAGGCACAACCGAUGGUACACAGGAGCGCUGGAAUUUCCCUAGAAAAAAGUACUAAGUAGAAUAUUUGCAGUCAUAUUUGCAGUUACACCCUAAUGUGAACAGUCGAGUGGAAAAAGUCACGGGAUUCUACGUUUGAGAAAUUUGCUGAUAAGGGCAAGACUGGCCAUGCCAUUUGGCUGUUUAACGCUCGGGGAAAAGAAGGAUUACAACAAUCCCUUAGAGGUGACUGAUAAAUAUGACCUGGGACAGAUUGUUAAAUCGGAGGAGUUCUGUGAGAUCUUCAGGGCCAAGGACAAAAACACACUGAAAAUGUUUACUUGUAAAAAGUUCUUGAAAAAGGAUGGGAGGAAAGUUCGGAAGGCUGCAAAAAAUGAGAUCCUCAUUUUAAAGAUGGUGAAGCACCCCAAUAUUCUCCAGCUGGUGGAGGUCUAUGAAACCAGAAAAGAGUAUUUCCUCUUCCUUGAACUUGCUACAGGCAGAGAGGUAUUUGAUUGGAUCCUGGACCAGGGCUACUAUUCCGAGCGCGACACCAGUAAUGUGGUCCGUCAGGUGUUGGAGGCCGUCGCCUACCUUCACUCCCUGAAUAUUGUCCACAGGAACCUCAAGCUGGAGAACUUGGUGUACUUUAACCGCCUGAAGCACUCCAAAAUAGUAAUCAGUGACUUCCACCUGGCCAAGCUGGAGACCGGGCUCAUCAAAGACCCUUGUGGAACCCCAGAGUACCUGGCACCAGAGGUGGUUGGGAGACAGAGAUACGGCAUGCCAGUGGACUGCUGGGCCCUGGGUGUCAUCAUGUACAUCCUGCUUUCAGGCAACCCUCCUUUCUAUGAUGAAACUGAUGAUGACGACUAUGAAAACCACGACAAGAACCUGUUCAGGAAGAUCUUGGCUGGGGACUAUGAGUUUGACUCUCCAUACUGGGACGACAUCUCAGAGUCAGCAAAAGGCCUGGUAACCCGUAUGAUGGAGGUAGACCAGGAUCAGAGACUGACUGCUCAGGAGGCCAUCAACCAUGAGUGGAUUUCUGGAAAUGCAGCCUCAAAUAAGAAUAUUAAGGAUAAUGUCUGUGCACAGAUAGAGAAGAACUUUGCCAAAGCUAAGUGGAAGAAAGCAGUGCGGGUCACUACCAUGAUGAAGCGACUGAGAGCGCCAGAUAAAGGUGUUGACUCGGGGACUCCCGGCCCAGCAGUAGCAACCAGCCCUGCAGCAGGAGAACCAGCCCCAGCUCCAGCAGACCCCCAGGCUCCCAGUGACCCCACUGCUGCAGCUCCUGAGGGGGAGCCUGCUGCUGUCACAGAGCCCCCUGCUGAAAUGGAGGCCGUGUCAUGUGAUGUCACUCCCCAGGCUGCGGCAGAAGUCACAGCUCCACCUGAGGAGGAGGCCAGCUCAGCGGAGGCCCCAGUGGAGGCCCCCGCCCCGGAGGAGGUUGAUAUUUUGUUGCGGUGUAACGGAGAGGCCCCAACUCCCCUCCAACCGGCUGCUGAAGAUGGGGAUGAGCAGGGUUAGACAGCCACCGCCCUCCUAUGCCACCUUCACUCCCAGAGAUCCUCCUUCCUGCACACUGUACAUUAGCUGCUAGCAUGGUGACACUGACUCUGCUUAUCUCUCACUUGCAGCGUUAGUAACAUCUCACAGAGCCUGUAUGCUAUCUUUCCUGAGUGUUGAAUUUACCUGGCUACAUUUUUAUAUGUAUUCUGUCUUUUUAAAACAGCCCUCUGGCCUUACAGGGGCUUUUUAUGUCUAAUGCAGCCCAGAUUAUGCCAUAUUAUGUUGUUUUUGGGGGGGAAAGGAGGUUUACGUUAUAGCUAACAGCUACAUAUUUUCCUCUGAACUUUUGCCUUUUGUAAUGAAAGUGUAAUGUAAUUAUGCCAAACCUGCUUUGAUUUCCUCUUAAUGAAACAUGUUUGGGAACUUUUCCCCCAGUCCUACUCUCAUAUUAUUCCACUCCAUUAUCAUGGCAGUCAAUAAGGUAAUGAACAGCUUGGCUUUGCUCUCGUAGUGUUGAUUUGACAUAAUGAUCUGUAAAACUCCUCCUUCACACCCCCCUCUAAACAAUAAUAGAUUUUUUUUUUUUUU